AUGUCGGCCGACUCUUUACCCAUCCCGCUUCCUCCUCGAACUCCCACGCCUCCGACGCCUAUUCCUCCAUCCCCGAGAGCACUCAAGCCCCGUCCAUCUCCCAUAGGCCUGGGCCUACAUCACCAUAGCGAUAGCACGAGCAGUCUCACGCCGAGCAUUGAAGAACAUCACGAUUACGACUGGACAGCAGGCAUCAAUGACAGCCCCGAACGGCGAAAGAUGGAGGCGCAAUAUGUCGACAGAGGGCCCGAUACGAAUGCGACAGCUUCCACUGCCUCAAUGCUGUCGCCUGAGAGUGCAACUUUUAGCAUCGCCAAUAAUGGACUGAGUCCCGCGAACACGACAUACAGCCCCUUCACCCCACAGACAGCGUCGACCGAUGGCGGGUUUGGCAGCAUAGACGGCAAUGCAAACAGCCAGACUGUGUCGAAUCCUUUCAACUUCACGCCUGUGCAAUAUGAGCGGAGCCCCGCAGCUCCGGGAGCCAAAAGUGAGAAGCUAGUGGGGAGAAGGGGACACAAAUACAGGCACUCCUCCAUCCACGCCAGUCAUAUGGAAGGCAUAAUCAAGCCACCACAGGCGAGCAGGACACCGCUUGCUGUGCCAGCCAGUCUACCCAUGCCGACGCGCAAAGAGGCGUGGUGGAGCAUGACGAAACAGCAGACCACGAGGUUGACAUGGUGCAUGUGCCAUUUCCUUGUUGCGGGCUACGUGCAAUUCUCUGGAGCAGGUUCUCUAGCUAUGACGGCCCUCAGUCGAUUGCUGCUUUUCGAUGCUGCGGGCGCGACGGUCUGUGUGGUGGUGGAUGUAAUGGGUAAUUUCGAAGUCUGGAAGCGAUCUUCGAUCAAACAUCCGUUUGGUCUGGAGCGUGCGGAUGUGCUAGCAGGAUUCGGCAUGGCAGUCUUCAUCGGCUUCAUGGGACUGGACGUUAUCAGUCACGGCAUUCAACACUCGCUGGAGAAUCUGGGAACACAUGUCGCUCAUUCGCCACACGCACAUGAGAGAGUCGGGACUGCGAAUGUCGACUUUGCCAGUCUUCUUUCGAUAGGCAGCACCCUGGUCUCGGCUGUUCUCCUCAAAAAUCACGCUCGCAUGGGAAAAGCCAUGCGCGUGGGACUCAUCGCAGGUUGGGGUAGGAUCUUGGGCAAUCCCUCGCAUUUCUUAACGCUUUCAUGCUCGUUGGCCAUCCUUCUGUUGCCAUUCCUCACAACACAAUAUUAUGCGGCCUUCGACUUCAUCCUCUCGGUCGUCAUUGCCUGCUUCAUGGUCUUGACCGGCGCUCGCCUCGGAUCGUCACUCUCAUCGAUGCUCUUGAUGUCUGCGCGAAGUCCCUCCGACGACAAGCUCGCGCUACGAAAUAUUGCCGACGACCUGGCGAACUGUGACCCCAACAUCACACACGUGGACGAGGCAUGCUUCUGGCAAGUGCAUUACGGAAGCGGCAUGGCCAAUUUGAAACUACGUUACCGCAAGAGUAGAGGAGGUUAUGGCAUGGCCACUGAUGAUCUUAUGAGGAUACGACAAAAUGUAACGAAAUUAAUUCAGAGGAAGCUGGCGGGGCUGAGAUGGGAAGUGAGCGUGCAAUUGAGCGUGGAAACGGAUUAG